CCGUGUUGAAGAAUUACUUUAAACAUAUACUUAGUAGAAAAAGAUAUUGUUCCUUCCACAUAAGAUUUGAAGUAUCAUUGAUUGUCUCGCCGACCUACAACAGUUUUUACCCAACAUUAUGUCUUCUCCACAUCCACUGGACCCUCUCACGUCUGAGGAGAUUCAGGCAGCAGUAUCUAUUGUCAGAGCAAAAAGUAAGGAGAACCUCCAUUUCAACAUCGUUUCUCUACAUGAACCGCGUAAAGCGGAAUUGUCGCCAUGGUUAGCUGCGCGGGCUGCGAGGUUGAAGCCCGGGCGUAUGGCAGACGUCUGUGUGAUUGCGCCCGGAGGGAAAGUGGCAGAUAUCAUUGUUGAUCUGAAUAGCGGUACUAUUCUAUCGUGGGAUUGGGUGGAAGAAGUGCAACCAAUUAUUACCAUGGAAGAGUUGCAGCUAGUAGAACACGUUGUUCGUCUAGACCCCAUGGUCAUUCAGCAGUGUGAGCUGAGCGGCAUUUCGAAAGAUGAGAUGCACAAAGUCUAUUGCGAUCCGUGGACGAUUGGCUAUGAUGAGCGAUUCGGUAGCAAAGCACGACUUCAACAAGCGCUCAUGUACUUCCGGCCCGAUCUGGAUGACUGCCAAUAUCAGUACCCUCUUGACUUUUGCCCAAUUUAUGACGCAGACAAGCGGGCAAUCGUCUAUAUUGAUAUUCCAGCUGUGAGACGACCAUUGAGGCGAGAGACACCCAUCAAUUACCAUAGCGCUGCCAUCCACGCUCAAGGCGGGUACCGUCAAGAUUUGAAACCACUCAAUAUCACACAGCCAGAAGGUCCCUCCUUCACGCUUGAUGGACGUGAAAUUUCGUGGCAGAAUUGGAAAUUCCACAUUGGCUUCAACUACAGAGAGGGCAUCGUUCUCAGCGAUAUUGGGUUUAAUGAUAAGGGAAUCAUGCGUCCCAUCUUCUACAGACUCUCACUCUCGGAGAUGGUCGUGCCAUAUGGUAACCCGGAGCACCCACAUCAACGAAAGCACGCGUUUGACCUCGGCGAAUAUGGAGCUGGUUACAUGACCAACAGUCUUGCUCUAGGCUGUGACUGCAAGGGACACAUCAAUUAUCUAGAUGCAGAAUUUGCCGCACGAGAUGGCAAAGUGAGGUUAAUCAAGAACGCCAUUUGUAUUCAUGAGGAAGACAAUGGCAUCUUGCUCAAACAUACCGACUUCCGAGACGAUUCUGUUAUUGUCACAAGAGCGAGAAAAUUAAUCAUUCAGCAGAUUUUCACUGCUGCUAACUAUGAAUAUGCUGUUCAGUGGAUAUUCCAUCAAGACGGUACUAUCCAGUUGGAGAUCAAGCUGACAGGCAUCCUCAACACCUACGCCAUUGCACCGGGCGAAGAUACCAAGGGAUGGGGAACAGAAGUGUAUCCAGGUGUGAAUGCACACAACCACCAACACCUAUUUUGCUUGAGGAUUGAUUCCAAUGUGGACGGCCCGAAGAACACUGCUUUCAUGGUGGAUGCCGUGCCAUCUGACGAACCAGUAGGCAGCGCGAAUAACAAAUACGGAAAUGCAUUCUAUGCGAAACGAACCAAGUUGGCAACGACGGGCGAAGCAGUGACGGAUUACAAUGGCGCAACGGUACGCACCUGGGAUCUAUGCAACACCAACAAGCUGCAUCUGUACAGCAACAAGCCUUCGAGCUAUAAGCUUGUGAGCCGCGAAGUGCCCAAUCUACUGCCCAAGGAAGGUUCUCUCGUUUGGAAGAGAGCGGGAUUUGCCAGACAUGCCGUUCACGUCACCAAGUAUCGAGACGACCAACUCUGGGCGGCCGGCCGCCAUGUUCCGCAAACAUCUGGAGAGACGGAUGUUGGUAUACCAGCGUGGAUUGGCGAUGGCUUAGAGGCGAUUGAGAAUGAGGAUAUUGUUCUUUGGCAUACUUUUGGUCUUGUGCAUUUCCCUGCCCCAGAGGACUUUCCGGUCAUGCCAGCGGAGCCUAUGACUGUUUUGCUGCGGCCCAGGAAUUUCUUCUUAAACAAUCCCGUCAUGGACGUGCCUCCUGAGAAGAGUGUUACGCCGAGCCAAGUAGCAGUAGCAGCAGCAGCAAAUCAGGCAUAAGGUGAGAGUUAGAAAUUAAAACUAAGAUUUUUCUUUUGCUAUUUAUCCACUUAUUUUCACAAACUCCUUAUCUGUUAGUAAUUGAUUGUAUAAUAUAGAUUCUGGAAAUGUACG